CGGAGGUUCGGUGUUGCGAUAAUAUUUAAACUAAAUCCACUGUCGGUCAAAAAAAAGUUUUCCGAACUAAAUCGAAGUAACCGACGCAGUACUGAAAGUGCGUGUCUGUGAACUCCUCAGGAAACGUUAGCGUCGUUCCUUGUUGAACUUUUGAACUGGACGUGACAGUCACAGCCUAAAAAGAGGAAAUUGCGCAAUAGCCUAGCUACGCCCAAGGAUUUGCAAUAACCGCUAACCUUCCGGACUUUACUAUAAAAAAAGGAGAAGUUCCGAGUUCCGUUGUCAGAUGCAGGAGAACGACGUCGGUGGCGACAUGAAGGUGACGGCGGUGAAUGAGCCCCUGUCGAUGCCCCCCAGGUCUGAAUGGAGUGCCUGUGUCGGGGCGGCGGCGACUAGCAGCGCCCUCUGCAGGAUGCUGAUGAGGCGGCGCGUGCUUCUGGCUCUGGCUCUGUUCGCCCAACUUCUACAGACCCAGUGUCGACCGGCCCACACCGACGAAGUGUUCCUGGAAACACCGGCCGAGGUCUUCACCCUCUACCCGGGGGACAACCUGGACCUGAGUUGCUCGGACCAGCAGCAGCAGCAGCUCCACGCCGUCAACUGGACCAAAGACCGCGAGACGCUGGAGGACGGGGACCACACGCACCUGCGCAACGGCAACCUGGAGAUCAAGAGCGUGGAGCCGACGGACGCCGGCCUCUACGCCUGCACCGCCCUGGGCAACCACAGCCUGAGCUUCCUCGUCACCGUGGACGCCUCGGCCUCGUCGGAGGACGAAGACGAAGAUGAUGAGUCCUCGUCGGAGGAAACCAAGCAGCCCAGUAGUCAGAAGCUGCUGCCCAUGUCCCCCCAGUGGGCUCACCCGGAGAAAAUGGAGAAGAAGCUCCACGCCGUCCCCGCCAGUAAGACGGUCAAGUUCCGAUGUCAGGCCAGCGGGAACCCGACGCCGACCCUGAAGUGGUUCAAGAACGGCAAGGAGUUCAAGAAAGACCAUCGCAUCGGAGGGUUCAAGGUCCGGGACCAUGUGUGGACCAUCAUCAUGGAGUCCGUGGUUCCCUCCGACAAGGGCAACUACACCUGUGUGGUGGAGAACCAGCACGGGAGCCUGAACCACACCUACCAGCUGGACGUAGUGGAACGUUCUCCUCACAGACCGAUCCUGCAGGCGGGGCUGGCGGCCCAAACCGCUGGCCUUAACACCACCGACAAGGAAAUGGAAGUCCUCCAACUGAGGAACGUGUCUUUCGAAGACUCGGGGGAGUAUACCUGCUUGGCAGGGAAUUCUAUCGGGUUCUCGCAUCACUCUGCAUGGUUGAUCGUGUACGAAGGUACCAGUAGUUCUGUCACUUCCUGUCUAUCGUCCGACCUCCCCGACCUCGACUUCCGACCUCGCAUUAUCGCAAUAAAAGGCUCUUGGACUUUUAUUUCGGAAAAAAAACUGUCUCACAUGUCCUCUUGUUCUGUCCCCCCCCUCCUCUGCAGACUGGUCCUGGGGAAGCCUCUGGGCGAGGGCUGCUUCGGUCAGGUGGUCAUGGGGGAGGUCCUGGGUCUGGACAAGGAGAAACCCAACCGUGUGACCAAGGUCGCCGUGAAGAUGUUGAAAUCGGACGCCACGGAGAAAGACCUGUCGGACCUGAUCUCGGAGAUGGAGAUGAUGAAGAUCAUCGGGAAACACAAGAACAUCAUCAACCUGCUGGGAGCCUGCACGCAGGACGGUCCUCUGUACGUGAUCGUGGAGUACGCGUCCAAGGGGAACCUGAGGGAGUACCUGAGGGCCCGCAGGCCCCCGGGGAUGGAGUACUGCUACAACCCCGACCAGGUCCCCGUGGAGAACAUGUCCACCAAGGACCUGGUGUCCUGUGCGUACCAGGUGGCCCGGGGCAUGGAGUACUUGGCGUCCAAGAAGUGCAUCCACAGGGACCUCGCCGCCCGCAACGUCCUGGUGACGGACGACAACGUGAUGAAGAUCGCCGACUUCGGCCUGGCCCGAGACAUUCACCACAUCGACUACUACAAGAAGACGACCAACGGCCGUCUGCCGGUCAAGUGGAUGGCUCCGGAGGCGCUGUUCGACCGGAUAUACACCCACCAGAGUGACGUGUGGUCCUUUGGCGUCCUCCUGUGGGAGAUCUUCACCCUGGGGGGGUCUCCUUACCCCGGGGUUCCUGUGGAGGAGCUGUUCAAGCUGCUGAAGGACGGUCACCGCAUGGACCAGCCGUCCACGUGCACGCACGAGCUGUACACGCUGAUGAGGGACUGCUGGCACGCCGUGCCGUCCCAGCGCCCCACCUUCAAACAGCUGGUGGAGGACCUGGACCGCUGCCUGGCCCUGACCUCCAACCAGGAAUACCUGCAGCUCUCCGUGCCCCUGGACCAGUACUCCCCCAGCUACCCCGACACCCGCGGCUCCACCUGCUCCUCCGGCGAGGACUCGGGCUUCUCGCACGACGCCGGCGCCCGGGAGCCGGGCCGUACUCGGAUCCAGACUCUGUUCCGGAAUUGGUUCCAGACUCUGUUCCAGAAUCGGUUCCAGACUUGGUUCCAGAACCGGUUCCAGAAUCGGUUCCGGAAUCGGUUCCAGACUCGGUUCCGGAAUUGGUUCCAGACUCUGUUCCAGAAUCGGUUCCAGACUCGGUUCCGGAAUUGGUUCCAGACUCUGUUCCAGAAUCGGUUCCAGAAUCGGUUCCAGAUUCAGUUCUGGAAUCGGUUCCAGAAUCAGUUUCAGACUCGGUUCCGGACUCGGUUCCAGACUUAG